AUGGACGACGAGAUCCGCAGGAAGCGACUCAAGCAGUUCGACUUUCCGCGCGGCGACGCACCCCUCGCCGACAACAACACCAACCACGUCACCGCAGGCCUGCCAGAGAUGUCUGUCGAUGCGUACCGCACUGGAGAUGUCGUGGAUGACACCCCACAAGCACAAGCCGUCCGUGCCUGGGUGGCGGGCCUGAGCUGCGCCGAGUGCAGAAAAAUCACCGCAACCACCGACGCUGUCCUGGCUCGCUUCUACGUGAUCUUUCCCGGCGGUCAGUACCUCCCGAGCGACCUCAAGUGCUGCAAAGUAGCUGCUAGCGUCGAGUGCUUCGUUCUGCUUGCGGGCUUCGACCGAUACACCAAGCACAACAAGCUGCUCAAGGGCGCCCCCAAGGCGCAGCCACCACCAAGUGCCGGUAGCGCGCUCGCCAACAUGAUGCGUGGCACGAGUUCGCUCGAGUCGAACGGCGUGGGUUACGGUGGCGCAGAGUCCUCUGACGAUUACGGCCUCCUUGACGAUCCUUGGGAGACUGCUGGUAAGGGACAGCGCUUGGGCGCGCCUAUGACCGAUCAGAAGAGUUCUGCCACGGCACAGAGCCUUGUAGACGGCGACGACCGGUUCGCGGCUGGUAUCAUGGCCGCGGUAGCCACCCUGGUCGACGACUCGAGCGCGCUUCCGACCCUACUACUCCGCGGCUCGAUUCUCGACCGAGCAGCUGAUCUACUCGUCAAUACCUCUGUGGACGAUAUCACCAACAGAGCCGCGCUGUACAUUCAACUUGCCACCUUCCUUCGUCGUCUUGCAACAUGUCCAACAGCCGCUGAAGUCCUCCAUACCCCACGAGCCGUGAACAAGACUGGCCACGACCUUCUUCGAGUUGCCACGGGACUUCCUACACUCACAGCCUCAGACACACUAGAGAAAGCACAGCCACUUGCACACUAUAUGGCCGGUCUCAACCGCCAGUGUAAGAUGAUGGCCAAGAACUCAGGGAUGCUCGACAGCGAGAGUGUUUCCACGCUAUGCGAAGCUCUCAAAGACGCAUUCAAUGCCGUGCUCAUUGUCGAGACCGCGGAUACUACUCCACUGGAAUCAGCCACCGAGACUGCCCAAGACAACGUGGCCGACGUUCUCGAUUACGCCAUCCUCAGGAACUACAGUCUUACGAACGCGGCACAAGGCAUGAAUGGAGGUGUGACCAAGAAUCGCAUGAAGCGUAUCACCAAGGAGAUCAUUGAGCUCUCCCCGAACCUGCCAGAUGGCAUCUUCGUCCGCCAUGGAAGCACAAGACCGGAUUGCAUGAAGAUCCUCAUCGUGGCACCGAAGGAUACCCCCUACGAGAACGGUCUCUUCGAGUUUGAUCUCCUGUUACCGGCGGAUUAUCCUCAAAAGCCGCCACAGAUGCAGUUUAAGACUACAGGCAACGGUUCUUUCCGCUUCAACCCAAAUCUAUACGCAGACGGGAAAGUUUGUCUGUCGCUUCUCGGAACAUGGAGUGGGCCAUCGUGGGAUCCAGCAAAAAGCAGCAUUUUCCAAGUCCUCGUGAGCAUUCAAGCCAUGAUCUUCUGCGAGCACCCGUGGACGAACGAACCAGGUCGAGAGGGAUUGGAAGGCUCGGAUCAAAGCAAGGCCUACAACCGUACACUUCAUACAAAGACAGUCGAGUUGGCGAUGCUUGGUUGGCUUCAAGGCAAGAGCAAUGGCAUUUGGCGUGAUGUGGUUGCGGAGCACUUCCUAGAGCGCCAAGAAGAGAUCCUCACGACAAUUGCUAUGUGGAAGGUCGACAAGGCACCGGCUCAGCCGAGCGAGAAGAAGAGCGGCAAGGCCAAGCAACCCUUUGCUCCUGGUUGGGUUCCACCUCCCUUCACCCAAUCACUCCAAGGAUCCGGUCAGACUCUCGGCAGCAACUCAGCUGCGCCACAAGACGAGGACGAGGACGAGGACGAGGACGAGGACGAUGAUGAUGAUGAUGAUGAUGAUGAUGAUGAUGAUGAUGAUGAUGAUGAUGAUGAUGAUGAUGAUGAGGACAAUGAUCACAGUUUGGGCGCCCAUUUCGCGCAGUUUCUGACGACAGGACCUGGCGCAGGUUCAUCUCACUCAAAGUCAGGCUCAUCUGACUCAAAGCCGAAGCCUAAGUCGAAAACACCGUCGAAAUUCGGCGGAAAGAUGUUCGCAAACCCGUUCAGCUCUGCCGGGCACAAGCUGGGUGGUAGCGUACUCUCUUUCGGUGCGGCCAGCUUUGAGCCAACAAACAAGCCUCCUGCCCUCACUAAUCCUUACGGCUACAACCCAACCCCGGCACCGUACUCCCACCCAACACCGUACAUUCACCCGAAUCCGAACGCCUACCUGCCAUCGCCCCUCCAGCAAUCAUUCUUGCCGCCGACUUUGCCCCAGCUACCAACUUUCCCAAAGCCACCGUCCUCGGCUGCGCAGACACCAUCACUGACACCUGGCAUUCUCUCGACAUAUCAGGGCACUGGAUGGGCUGGACAGAAGCUUGGCGGAGAAGAAGAUGCAGUCCAAGAUGCCACAUCCCAGGAGCAGACACUUCACGAGGAGGACGAUGACGAUGAACUCGAGAUAAUUACAGAGAAGCUGCCCGUUAUUGAGGAAGCUGUUGAGGAAGGCGCUGCUCAAGAAGAUGCUGCUGCCAAGGAGGAAGACGAUGAGGCGGCGAUUCCCAGUGACCUCGCAGCGUUUGUUGUCAAGCUUCGCCAGGCAGUGAAAGACCUAUCGAGCAAGGAGCGUCUCGGACAUCGACUCUAUGGUGGUGACGACGACUGGGAGGGUAUGGAGUAG